AAUAAAUUACAUCAAAUCAUAAGAUAUAAUAUUGGUUUAGGGUUUAGGGUAUGUGAAGGGGGGGUAUGCGAAAUCGCAUACCCUCUUCGCACUUCUAUUCGAAAGUUAAUUUUUAUUUCUUUCAUCUUUCAUUUAUGCGAAGGGGGUAUGCGAAUUGCCGCAUAUUGCUCGCAUACUACCCCCUUUCGCACUUCUACUCGAAAGUUUAUUUUUUAUUUCUUUCAUCUUUCAGUUAUGCGAAGGGGGUAUUCGAAUUGCCGCAUAUUGCUCGCAUACUACCCCUUUUCGUACUUCUACUCGAAAGUUUAUUUUUUGUUUCUUUCAUCUUUCAGUUAUGCGAAGGAGGUAUUCGAAUUGCCGCAUAUUGCUCACAUACUACCCCCUUUCGCACGUCUACUCGAAA